AUGACCACCGAAGUCAAGUUCACAGACAGCCUCAAGAACUUUAGCAACAACCUCAACAGAGGUGGUUUAGCCAAGGCCUUUGACUGGUACCACGCUAAAUACGUCAAGACUGGUUCCUUUGCAGUCGUUAUCCACGCUAUGGCUGGUAUCACCUUAUUCUCAUACAUCAUUAGACACGACAGAAUUGCUCACCACAAGACUGCUCCAAAGCACUAA